GUUAAUUACACAAGUUCAGGGCCAUGAUCACGCGUUAUUGUGCAUGAUAUUCACUUACCUUUAAAAGAAACCGGGGAACCCUGUAAGUCAGACUAGCAUUAGAUUCCAGAGAUCGAGGGUACAUCUGAGUUCCUAGACAGCCGAGAGGCUGGAUAGGGUGGAGAAGUGGUUUAAGCUAUAUAGUAUUGAAAUGUUUACUGAAGCUGGUAUUGAUGUUAGAGCAUGGUUUAUGAGAAAUAAUGCUACUCUUAAAACCAGACUGUUGCGAGAAGCACUGUUAACAAGGGUGUUUAUUUUAUGUGCCUAUGGGGAUGAUGUUAUAACGUUUAUGUAUGCAGUCAAUCAACUUGGUUUAAAUAACGGAGAUUAUGCAUUUAUCACCUUAGAUUAUUUGGAUAUGGCACAAACGCUAAAUUUAAAUGAAUCUGAGUGGGUGAGCAAAGCUAGUAUCUUUGGUGGUAUUUUAGACAUUUCAAUAGAUGUUAAACCAGAACAACCAGAAUAUAAAGAAUUUAUCAGAAAUAUUAAAUCCCUUGAUGAUGGUUCCCAUGGUUAUUUGAUGUCAUAUCAACAUUUUAUUCAUGCUGCGUUGUUAGCUGACGCCAUUUUGUUGUAUGCUGUAGCUGUGAACGCUACAAUAGCUAAUAAUGUAUCACCACAUGAUGGUCAGAACGUAGCUUAUCAUCUAUAUGGUACUAGAGUACAAGGCAUUUCUGGUGAGAUUCACAUACGGAGCGAUGGAAUUCGUAAUACACCAUUUCUACUUCAUAAUAUAAGAAAUUCAACUUACCACAUGAUAGCUAGAAGUCGUUUGGGUAGUGAUAAACUUGAGUUCUUCCCUAAUGUAACUAUAUAUUGGCCUGGUGGUGGCACGAAGAUACCUACAGGUUAUCCAGAAUGUGGCUGGGAUGGUUCAUUGUGUCACAACAAUGAUAUCUAUAUAACUAUUGGAGUUAGCUUAGUUUUUGUGUUAUUAAUAUUCAUAAUAGUGGUUUACGUUUUAUAUAGAAGACGCAGAAUGGAAAAUGACCUGCUGCACAGGAUGGAUUGGAAGAUUCCUUCCAGUAGACUGCAAAUUAGAGAAUUAAAAUUAUUAUCAGAUAGAAGUUUUAAAAGUUUGGGCGGUAAAAGUGGUUCUAGUUGUGCAAUAUCAACAAAGACUGACGCCAGUAAUGGUACAAUGUUGUCAUUAUCAGGACAAAUCUUUACACAAGUAGCUGUAUUAGACGGACAGCUAGUAGCUAUAAAACCUAUACAUAAAGCAUGCGUAGCUGUUACUAAAGACGUCAUUAUGGAAAUUAAUCAGAUACGCAAUUUAAAAUAUAAGACCAUAAACCAGCUGAUAGGAGCAUGCGUGGAGCCACAGAAAAUAAGUUUAAUAGCCACUUACUGUGCUAAAGGAAGCUUACAAGAUGUAUUACAGAAUGACAAUAUCAAGUUAGAUUGGAUCUUUAAAGUUUCAUUUAUAAGUGAUAUCGUUAGGGGUAUGACAUUUUUACAUGACUCGCCGGUUGAAUGUCAUGGUCGAUUGAAGUCGUCAAAUGUUCUAGUAGAUAAUCACUGGUGUUGUAAAAUAGAUGAUAUUUCGAUGCCGUUUUUUAGAGCCGCGGAAAGUACGACGGUUUUAGGUCAAUAUCAACAGAAUUGCAAGAAAUUAUGGACAGCCCCUGAAAUUUUACGUGAUCCAAAAGCAUAUAUUCGGGGUUCUCGGAAAGGUGACGUGUAUUCCUUCGCUCUUAUUCUUCAAGAGAUUAUAUUAAGAACGGGACCAUAUGGUAACGAAGCUACAGAUCCGGAAGAAAUCAUUGAAAGAGUAAAAUUCGGAGAAUGUCCACCAUAUCGUCCACAUGUACCCAAUGGCUUGGUGCCAGAUGUUGUAACAGAUAUCAUGAGAAACUGUUGGGAAGAGAAUCCGACUGCAAGACCAAGUUUUCAGAUGAUAGGCGAAAUUGUGAGGAAAAAAGUAAACAAGGGCAAAACAACUAAUAUUAUAGAUCAGAUGAUACAUAUGCUAUCUAAUUAUGCUGAUCAUCUAGAAGAUCUCGUGGCCGACAGAACAAAGCAAUUAGAAGACGAACAGAGAAAAACAGACGAACUCUUGUGUAGAAUGCUUCCCGCAACAAUCGCCAAUGAUUUAAAGCAAGGAAAUACUGUAGAACCAGAAAAUUAUGAAGCUUGUACAGUCUUCUUUAGUGAUAUCGUUGGGUUUACAACAUUAGCAGCAAGUAGUUCUCCUUUAGAGAUUGUUGAAUUCUUAAAUGAUCUGUACACGUGUUUCGAUACCAUUAUAGAUUUAUAUGACGUAUAUAAGGUUGAAACAAUAGGCGAUGCUUAUAUGGUGGCUAGUGGACUUCCGGUACGUAAUGGUAACCGACAUGCUGGUGAAAUAGCAACAAUGGCGUUAGAUUUACUAGCUUCUAUGUCUAUAUUUACUAUCAAACAUCGACCAGAUAAAACUCUACAACUUAGAACUGGCAUGCAUUCAGGUCCCGUAGCAGCCGGGGUUGUAGGUCAGAAAAUGCCUAGAUAUUGUUUAUUUGGUGAUACUGUUAAUUAUGCUAGCAGAAUGGAAUCUUCUGGUCUAGCUUUACGUAUCCACGUCAGUCCAGAAUGUAAAGGGGUAUUGGAUGAAUUAGGUGGAUUUCAUUUAGAGAGUAGGGGAGAAGUUACAAUGAAGGGUAAAGGUACAAUAUCAACUUUCUUCCUGGUUGGAAAGGAUGGAUUUUAUAAAGAACUACCAUCCCUAGAGUUACAGGCACCAUUAUCACAACAUACCUUUAAAUAAAAUAUCUACGACAUUUCAUACGUAGGCCUAUAUGGAGCAAAAUGAAAUUAGCAAAUAUACUGACAUAGAUUAUUCAAUAAAAAUACCCUGUACGUUGAAAAUGUAUAACAUAUAGAAAAUGGAAAUUCAAAUAAGUAAAGCUUUUAAUUCGUCGGCCAAAUUUAAUUUCGUAUUUGAGAGACAUAUAACUACUGUUUCAGUUUCAUUAACCUAAUAAAUGGAUGUUUGAAUAUUAUGUUUUACGGCGUUACGCAUACAUAACACGUUAUUUGUGGAUGUAAGAUAUUUCGAAUAGGUUGCGUUGAUUACGUGUCUGUUAAUCCGCUGUCCGUGGCCCGCCCAACUUUUCUUAUAAAUACUUCACUGACUUCAGUUUUUGUCGAAUUGUUUUCAUAUUAGCAGGGAUUAUUCAUUUGAUCGAAAUUCAGAAGUUUUUAGACGCAAAAUUGCAGAUUUUACUUGAUGGGAAUGUUCAGUCAAGUAUACAAGAAACCCAGUCGAAUUAUACAAUUUUCGGAUCGUACAUUUCGACAUUUUACAUCUUGUAAACGAAAUACCGUAACUAAUUUUAUAGCCAGCACGGACGACUUUGCUGCUGGUAUGCGUAUUGAAGGCGUCUGCAAUAAACAACCGCAAUCAGGGGCUGAUAACUACAAAGCUCAAAAUUUGAUGCAAACCUCAUGAAAUAAGUGUUGCCAGUUCGACAAUGACUGGUCAAGAUCAGACUAAUUUUCUUUCACGCAAAUCCUUAACCUGGUGUGUCUCCAUCAUCUGUUAUUUUUGACGUUUAAAGCACAAAAAUAACCGGAACCUGGUUCCAUCGAAUCUAUUUUACGAGUAAUUUGCCCCUGAAUUUGAUAAUCUCGCUUAUGAAUAUGAACGUUAGGCCUAUUGACUUUAGGCAUAAUACUUAACCUCCUCUUAAUGAGAUUUUUCAUUAGAAGCACCUAACGCAACACUUAACAGAAUACAACACUCAGGCCUACUCAGUCAAAAAAAUGUAAUUAUAUUGGUCGUAACGUUAUCACGUUUCAGAUUCAGAUGACCUUACCUACCUGGGUCACCCAGGCCGCGAUGACAGGUCCGAGGGUUAUGGUUCAGUGGCCGUGGAGGAAUUUCGUGGACCGCUACUGGCUAAAACCAAUGACGUAUACUAGACGUCAGUGGCUACUAAAACACUGAUCUAUA